UUGAGCAUGCAGCCGAGCUCCUCCAACAUGUCUACAACGAGGAGGGCUUGCUGUAUGCUAUUAAAUUAUUUUGCGAUGAUGCAUUGGGUUUUAUGUAUUCUGUUCGCAAAUAUCAGAAAAAAGUAUGGAGAACUUACGAGAAUCAUCAAACAUUUAGCAGAAUCGCCGGUGAGGGUCUAAGGACCAUUGGCAGCACGCCGAAACGCUUGUUGCCUAAACUCAUGAAAGUCUUGCAGCCGUGCAUAUUCUUGCCGGAUGCAUCGAGCUGCACAGAGGUCGGUGGCGAGGCAAUGGGCCCGUUGGCUCGCGCACCGGCCUUGGAAGACGCACGCGGGCCGUGGAGUGCCACAAGCCGCACAAAUACUCCGCAAUGUACCGAGAGCCAUUCUCGACCGAACAAUGACCAUGACAAAUCAGAGGAGGAAGUGGGGGCUACGUGUUUAAAUUACUAUAAUACCGAUGAUGACAAAGGUGAACAUAAAUUUUCGCGCAGUGAAACAGACGAUCCGGCUGUUCCUGACGUUCCGGACGUUCCGGUCGUUCCGGACGUUCCGGUCGUUCCGGACGUUCCGGAAGCUAUGGACAUUCCGGAUGUUCCGGACAAUCAGGAGCAGCCGCAAGGUGUUGACGACUCCGUCGAACAGCAACAGCCGGCUGGGCCAGAUCGUGUGCUGCUGAAUGCAGACCGGCUGCGCGAGGUGCGGGAGCACAGUGCAAUCCUCGCCAUCUGCUACCGCAUUCGCCGACGACUGAAAGCAGAGGCCUUGCAGAAGCUGGCCCGCAUGUUUCACACUGAAAUUAUGUACUCCAAUGCAUGUUGCCUUGAGUUAUUGAAGAGAGUAAUGGGGGGUACACUAUAUGAUGGAAUGCAACUUAUCUCCGGUGUCCAAUAUUUUCGAAUACCAGGAAGCAGCACGAUGAUCCCUUGUAUUGAAACUCUAUAUCUAUGGAACACAUUGGCCGCUCAGGCUGACGACGCUGUGCCAGCAACAAGAAUGCUUCGGCUAAUAGAAGAGGCGAGAGACAGCUUUCGGUUCAAUGGCUCUUCGAGCGGUAUGUCGCGAAAUACCAGAGACGCUACCUUGGAUUUCAUUAGAGGAUGCUGUUUGCAACGUAUAGGUCAAACCGAUGCGGCCAUAAAUUGUUUCCGCAACAUAUCCAGCUUGGAGAAUGUGCCCUGCAACAGGCCAGAGGACCAGUUCCUGAUACCGUUCGCCUUGCUGCAAGAGGCGCUCUACUAUUAUGAUACGGGCGUCAUAAACACCGCUCACAUGAUUGUUUCAUACGUGUGGGAUGAAUACGACAACAUGUCGCCUGCCGCGCGCACCUUCUGCGUUGCUUUCGCCAACAUAAUGAACGUGAUUCUCAGGUUCCCACAAUAAAUGCUAAUUUACCAAAUGCGCUACAGAAUAACAUAAAAUAUGUAUUCAUUAUAAGUUAAGUUCCUUUUGAGCAAAGUAUUUCACAAUGAAUGUGUAUUGCUCUUCUUAAUUAUUAUUAAUAGUAUUAGUAAGUAAAUAUUAUACAAUUUGAUGUUAGUAAGUAAGUAUAUGAAGAUUUUCACUAUCAGCUCUCGUACCGGAGCUCGACGCAUUGUUUUCUAAUCAAGUUUAACUUUCAACUUCACCUCGGAUGGAUACAAUUACUUAUGUCAAAUUGUUUGUUGCGCUUUAGAGAAGCUACUAAACGAGUUUAAACUACAUGGUACAUUUUUAAUGUUAAUGAUAAUUGCGUCAAACUGUACGCAAUGUCAAGAUGAUAAAUGAAAUUAUUUAUAUCUACUAUGAAUAUAUUAUUUG